UGCGUUCACAGCCUUAUCUCAGAACACGACAUCCAAUCAUGUCACGCUGAAUAGGAGGGCAUCCAAUCGCCUAACUAGCACUCACCGGUUGGAAACCCCUGCCAUCCGCCUCGUGCGGGGCUGAGUAUACUUUUGAUAUCACCGCAUCAGUCCCCCAAGCAGCUUUCCUAAGCUUACUAAGCUUAUCCCAUUAAGUCUAGGGGCUAUUGGGACAACGUAUGAGGCGGCGAUGCGUCUAGCGCGAGAUCUCCAGAGCUCUGGAUCCGAUAUUGUGGUUGAAGAAGACCUCGCCGAGAUGCUGGGUCGAGCUCGUAUAGUUGACAACGUGGUAUCGUCUUUCCGUGCAGAAAUGGCAAAGCCUGACCCGUCUAUCACCUUGGCAAGUGGUAUAUUUCUCUCCAGAGGACCUGGCCCUACCGUGACGAGAGCCCUUACUGAGCCGGCGUAUCUCUCGACAAUAAUACUGUGUUCCUUCUUCGUCUCGAUUCAUGAGAAAAGCUCACUUGCAGCAACGAUCACACACUAUCUGGAGACCUUGGCAGAGGAGACACCGGCUAAUGCUGCAAAACGUAUGGUUCCAAGUCUUGAUUCCGUAAGAGGUACUUUACGGGCGUGUGAAAAUCAGACAGCAGCUUACCAAUGGCAUUGGCGGAUGCAACUACUAUCUGCUGCUGCAGCCCUUGGCUAUGAUGAGUCCGAAAUGCAAUCAACCAUACCCCCGGUCGUAUUUCAAGGCCUCAUGGCUUUGCUUCCGUUGGUUCAGACCCUUCCCGAAGACCGGACUGUGAUGAUCGAGACAGGGCAAGGGACAUGCGCCAUUGUAGUCUGGGCUCAUCUCUUACUGGGACUGCGUGUUGCAACGAGAUUCUACGACCGAUCCCGCAACAAAUUUGUCGAGAUACGAUUUCCCUCCAGGGGUGAUCUAGCAGACCAGGUGUUCAUCUACUCCAACAUCACUCAUCAAAAUUGGACCAACAAGGAGUUGCAAGGAGUCCAGGUAAAGCCCUCAAUUACCUUGUUCUCAGCAAGCACCAAAGAGCAGCUCAUCCAGCUAAAUGUGGAUCUACGGAUGGACAUGAUACAUAGUAAUAUUAGAGUUCCUGCGAUGGGCUUGGGUCAGCAUUACCUGGACACCGUUACCAUGCAUCACACGGGGAGAGAAAAGGUCAUGGAAGAGAUAAGGUGCAUAGCAUGCAGUUUUGCACUCUGCAUGUCGCGCAAGAUGUUCGAAGAGCCAGUAGGAUACGGCAUAUUUGCCAAUGCAAACAACCCAGAGUAUCCAAUCCAGACCCCAACAAGCAAAAUCCUCGAUUCGGCUUGUAUGCUCUUUGGUUUGAACAAUCACCAACUCUCGUCUGAGAAAUGCGAACAGUACGCUUCUUUAUACUCGGAGGCAAAAUUAGUGGAUAUACCAGACGCCCCGGCAUCUAUCAGGCCGAUCUUGCAAGAGUGGAAUGGACUUCGUGUGGGCAGCUUCGUAUCACUCAACAAUAAAUGGCCGUAUUUCAACCACAUUGCGACCGAGCUGAGUAUACUCAUACUGGCGUUUGCGAAGGUGUUGGACCUUGAGGCGUGCGCAGAACUUCCGCUUUCCCCUCGCAUGACGCUCAUUUCCGGAUCAGAGAUCAAGGAACGACUAUCCACAUGGGAUGGCAAGGUGAGUUUCAUGAUAGACCAAAGCUCCUGGUUCGAGGUCAUUGCUCUGCUACUCUUGGGGGAGCGCGGUGAGCGUGUCGAUGUACGCACUACAGCCCUGGUGAGCGAGAGUGGAUGGAGUCUUUUCGUUAGCUCCAUGGGCGAUUCAGAUCCUGCUUUUGUUGAUGCGAGCAGUAUAGUCAUCAAAAGAGGUACUCCGUGGCGCAACGGGAUAUGCAAGCAACGCAUCAUUGACGGACCGCAGUCCGUUUUGAACUACGCAGGUUGGACCCAGUGCGGGACGUUUCCCAGCACAGCAACAUUGGAGUGUGCUACGCCGAUGGAAUUUGGCCGACCUAAAAUAGGGGAGCUCAAUGACAAUUUCGUCAUUCAACUUCUACUGCAGACCACUGGCGAAGGUAAAACGAUCCGGUGGACUGGGUAUAGAAAUCUCUGGAGUUCGCUUUGGACGAUACGGAAGACAUCGCCAUGCCAUCACCCAAAUCGACUUGGAGCCACCCUUGAGCUUCAGCCAGGUUGGAUCACAGUGACCGGGCGUUGUUCAGCUCUUGACAACGCGAACUAUACGCUAGUCAUCUUUAUGACAGCCGGCAGCCCCCAAUCCAGAUGGAAUGCGAUUCAUGACGUGGCCCCAGGGGCUUAUCAAGCAGGUUACGAAAUCUUUCUACGAAGCCUUGAUUCCUGCUUUAGUUGUGCUGCUGAGGAGGCUUCACGGCAGCCUUCAACCUCUUAUCUGUUAUUGUGAUAGCUGGGAGAUGGUAUAUUGUUAAUGUCGAGGCACAUGUAAGAUCGCGUGUCAUAGGUGAAAUCGAGCAUCGCCCGUAGAGUUUUCAGGUGG